GCGCUCUUUCUCUCUGUACUUUACUCCAAUACUGCAGUCGGAGUUUUAUCUUUCCCUUUACGGAACAGAGAGAACGGGUCACUGCCGGAACAGAACGGAACCGAACUGGACCGCGCGAGUCCGACUGUGAAGCCUUAGUGUUUGUGAAGAUGGAGGUCCGGUUCCUCCCGGUGUUCAUUUUUGUGCUGCUGCAGUCGGUAACGGAAGGAGCUCGAGCUAAAACAGAUGAUCUGUUGGUGAUCACCGCUGCCACUGAUGAAACAGAUGGCUUUAGGAGAUUCAUGAGAACGGCACGAGAAUUCAACUACACUGUGAAGGUGCUGGGUCUGGGUGAAGAAUGGAGAGGAGGUGAUGUUGCUAAAACUGUUGGAGGAGGACAGAAGGUUCGCUGGCUGAAGAAGGAAAUGCAGAAAUAUAAAGAUAAACAGGACAUGGUCAUCCUCUUCGUGGACAGUUAUGAUGUCAUCCUGGCGACUGGUCCUGACGAGCUGCUGAUGAAGUUUUCUCGCUUUAACCAUCGUGUUGUUUUCUCUGCUGAGGGAUUCUGCUGGCCCGAUCAGCGCCUUGCUUCCAAAUAUCCUGCAGUACACACCGGCAAACGCUACCUGAACUCCGGAGGUUUUAUUGGAUAUGCUCCAGAGAUGUACGCUAUAGUUCAGCAGUGGAAACACAAAGAUAACGAUGAUGACCAGCUCUACUACACACGCAUCUACCUGGACAAGGAGCAGAGGACGAAGUUUAACAUAACGUUGGAUCAUAAAUCACGGAUAUUCCAGAAUCUUAAUGGUGCCAUUGAGGAAGUUGUUUUGAAGUUUGAGAAAUCUCGAGUUAGAGCUCGAAAUGUCGCUUACGACACCCUUCCUGUUGUUAUCCAUGGCAACGGCCCAACUAAGCUGCAGUUGAACUAUCUGGGUAAUUACGUGCCGACAGCGUGGACGUAUGAGCGAGGAUGUGGUGUGUGUGAUGACGACCUUCUGUACUUCAAUGACGUACCCGAUGAAGAGAUGCCACAGGUUCUCAUUGCUGUGUUUAUCGAACAGCCAACACCAUUUAUUGAGGAAUUUCUGGAGCGACUGACAACAAUAAACUACCCACACACACGCCUGAGACUGUUCCUGCACAACAAUGUGGUGUAUCAUGAGCAGCAUGUGCAGCGGUUCUGGAAUCGGCAUCGUUCUCUGUUCCCUAAUGCUCGUAUUGUUGGGCCUGAAGAGAACCUAAAACACGACCAGGCCAGAACCAUGGCAGUGGAGGUGUGCAAGAGCGAUCCUGCCUGUGAUUACUACUUCAGCAUUGACAGUGAUGUGGCUUUGAUCAACCCAGACAUUCUGCGCAUCCUCAUCGAAGAGAACAAGCCUGUUAUUGCCCCGAUGCUGUCUCGUCACGGUAAACUCUGGUCUAAUUUUUGGGGAGCUCUGAGUCCUGAAGGUUUUUAUUCUCGCUCUGAAGAUUACAUCGAUAUCGUACAGGGAAAAAGAGUUGGAGUGUGGAAUGUUCCGUAUAUAACUCAGGUUUAUUUGAUACGUGGUGAAGUUCUCCGUACUCGUCUUUUCCACGUAUCUCUCUACCAGGAGGAUGGUUUGGACCCAGAUAUGGUGUUCUGCAGAGCAGUUCGGGACCAGGGUGUGUUUAUGUUCCUGUCCAAUAGGGAUGAGUUCGGCCGACUGAUCUCAACCAACAACUACAACGUCAGCAGGCUGCAUCCAGACAUGUGGCAGAUAUUUGACAACCCCAUGGAUUGGAGGGAGAAGUAUGUCCAUAAGGAUUACUCUCAGAUCUUUGAGGAUGGCGUGGAUGUGGUGGAACAGCCGUGUCCAGAUGUUUACUGGUUUCCUGCAUUUUCAGACAAAAUGUGUGACGAUCUGGUGGAGACCAUGGAGCACUUCGGCCAGUGGUCCGGGGGCAAACAUAAUGAUGAGCGGUUAUCAGGUGGAUAUGAAAAUGUUCCCACUGUCGAUAUUCACAUGAAUCAGAUUCAGUUUGAGAAAGAGUGGCUCAAAUUCCUGAUGGAUUACAUCGCUCCUGUAACUGAGAAACUUUACCCAGGAUAUUAUGCAAAGGCUAAAGCUGUGAUGAACUUUGUGGUUCGUUAUCGUCCUGAUGAACAACCUUCACUCCGCCCACAUCACGACUCAUCAACUUUCACCAUCAACAUUGCUCUGAACAGCAAGGGGAAAGACUACGAAGGAGGGGGCUGCAGGUUCCUGCGUUAUGACUGCAGAAUUGAAGCACCGAGAAAAGGCUGGUCUUUAAUGCACCCGGGACGUUUAACACACUACCACGAGGGUCUGCCUACAACCAAGGGCACUCGAUACAUCAUGGUGUCGUUUGUAGACCCCUAACACUGUGUGUGUGUGUGUGUGUGUGUGUGUGUGUGUGUGUGUGUGUUCACUGUGAUUAAACACUCUAUUAUUAAGUCAGAAGUGUCUGUUCUGGUAUAUUGAGGCUGUGUUUGUGUUUGCCUUGAAAACUCAGUGGCAAUAAUUUUUAUAAAACCUUAUAGUGAGUUCAAAAUUUUUAUUUUAAUGCAACAAUUUUACCUCUGGUGGCCUUUUUGUUUUAUUUUAUAUAAAGCCAAAUAAAGUUUUUAAACUUUUGAAUAGUUUUUUUUGUAAAACAUUUUCCUAUCAGCUUUGUAUAAACUGCUUUAAAUUAUUUGAUUAUGUACAUGAUAAAUAAAAGCUGAGUAAAGUGA